UGCGUCAUGACGACUGUCGUUUUAAAAAAGGCCCUUUCUUAACAGUUUAAUCGUCACGGCGGUCUAGCGGCGAGAUAUGUCAGGAAUGGAGCAGCUUUGCAAACUUUUCGUUGGCGGUUUAAACGUCCAAACAACUAAUGAUGGCCUCCGCGCUCAUUUUGAACAGUACGGGAAGCUAACGGACUGCGUGGUGGUCCAAAACGAUCAACUUCAGCGGUCUCGUUGUUUCGGCUUCGUAACUUACUCCACCGCAGAGGAGGCUGAUGCAGCAAUGGCCGCUAGGCCACAUGUGGUAGACGGUAAAAACGUGGAGCUGAAGAGAGCAGUGGCUCGGGAAGACGCGGGGAAGCCCGAAGCUCUCGCCAAAGUCAAGAAAAUAUUCGUCGGGGGCCUAAAAGAGAACAUCGAAGAGAAUGACCUCACCGAUUAUUUCUCGCAGUUCGGCAUGAUCGAGAAAGCCGAAGUCAUCACCGACAAAGACACCGGCAAGAAGCGCGGGUUCGGCUUUGUUCACUUCGAAGAUAACGACUCGGCCGACAAAGCCGUCGUGCUCAAGUUCCACAUGAUCAACGGAAACAAAGUGGAGGUUAAGAAAGCGCUCACGAAACAAGAGAUCCAGGCCGCCGGUGGAGCCCGGGGCGGCAGGGGGAGAGGAGGAGGAGGAAGAGGUAUGGGGCGGAAUCAAAAUGGCUUCGGCGGCGGGAGAGGAGGAUACGGCGGCUACGGUGGUGGCUAUGGCGGAGGCUACGGCGCCAGUGAGGGCGGCUACGGCGGUGGCUAUGGAAGCGGAGGCUACGGAGGAGGUUACGGGGGCGGAUACGGAGGGGGCUACAGCGAUCAGAUGGGAGGCUAUGGCGGUGGUAACGGUUACAGUGACUUUGGCAGCGGAUACGGCCAACAGUCCUCCGGCUACGGGCCCAUGAAGGGUGGAAACACAUACGCCGGAAGGAGCGGCGGAGCCCCUUACCCCCGUGGCGGCGGUGGUGGUGGUCCUGGUUACGGCAGGGGUGGCUACGGUGCCUACUAAAGCAGGUUGGGAAAAGACUCGGAAAGCUGUCCCCCCCCCCAGGUUCUCUCGGUUUCCACAUUGGGCUCAUUCACCCGGCCAUGCAAGAGAUGGCGGACACUGUGAAAGCAUACCUUAAAGACCUCAGUUCUUAACAGGGAACCUGUUCAGUACCUGGGUUCGAUUGUGAUAGGACUGAAAUAUCUCAUUAGGAUAUCAUCCUGCGAUCUAGGUAUGUAAUCAACCUGUCUUCACUACGUGUUGGUCAAGUAUUGCAAAUUUUCAUAAAUGGAUUAUAUUUAUUCCAUGAGUUGUUUUUAAUUAGUCUCCAUCCAUAAGUCAAGUGGACUUUACAUGAACUGGUGCGAUGGAAUUUGGGUCUGUAACACCGCGGCUUAUUAGGGCCUUCACUUGAUAUACCAUUUAAAGGUUUUUUUUUUUUUUUUUUCUUUCUUUUUUU